AUGAAGCUCGAGUCCGCCUCGAUAGGAGGGGAACCCUCAUGGGCCUCCGCUUUAUUGUCUUCCUCCAUCGAUAACGGCGCGUUCUCAAUAAACACGUUUUUUCAACAAAAUGGCUCCGUCUUGGACGGGGUUAUCCUUCGCUCGCUUAACACGGUGUCGAGUCUGAAGGAUACCGAUCAGCAGCUCCGCACGUUGCAGAUGCAGUCGUGGGCACAGGCCGAGUGCGAGCGCCAGUUCCGAUUUCUAAAUAUGCCUUUUGAACUGAAGAUGAUACAUAUCUCGUUCGAUGACAAAAUAUGCGUUGUUUACUAUCAGAUUAAUCCAAAGGCUGAUACGAGCAGCGAGCCUAAUAUAUCUCGACUAUUACGUGUGCUACAAUAUCACCUAUCUUGUAAAGUCCACUUGGUGCGUUGGCCUAUAAAGGUUGAGCAGAAAGGGAAUCAUUAA